AAGAAGUACUCGUCACGAAGAAGGCCAUGCCUGGCGUCAUCUUGUACGCGGGCGACCCGAUCGUGUCCCCGGCACUGCCACCGUCGCGCCGACGACCUCACGCCGCGUCGUCGUCGGGUGCAUCGUCGUCGGCGACCUCGAGCGGCCGACGGCGCCCGCCGCCGCCGGAAACCGCCGACGUCCGAACCAACUUUACCACGCCCAAGCAGCCCCGCCCGUCCAACCUCACUCGCCCUUCCAACCUUUCUCGGCCAUCGACGCUCUCACGACCAUCGACGCUCACGCCAACGCCUCAUAGCAACGACGAAGACGAUGCGAUAUUGGGCCACCUGGACGACGCCAACGACUACCCGCUGCUGGAAGAAGUGCCCGAGAAGGAGCACCACGACACACGCAACUACGACCCUCGGUCGCACCGGACGUUUGUGAGCACGCUCUCGGUCAUCAUUGGCGCGCUCGUCGGUGCCGGCGCCGGCGUCGGUCUCUCGCAGGUGCACAUGUCUCGCGACAGCCUCCAAUGGCUCGCGCUGCCCGGCGACCUCUUUGUGCGCGCACUGCGCUGCCUCGUCGUGCCCAUGGUCUUUUGCACCAUGACCGUCUCGAUCGCCGAAGUCGUCGUCUUGAAAAAGACCUCGGUGCUCACGUGGCGUACGGCGGGCACGUACUUUCUCUCGUCGUUUCUCUCAACGGUCCAAGGCCUCGUCGUCGCGAUCGUGUACCGUCGCAUGUUUGCCUCGAGCUCCGUUGCGAGCGCGCCAGCAUCCCCACACCUUGUCUUCGCUCUACGGUGCCACAACGGGCGGUACCUAACCGAGUCGGAUCCUAGUACUAAUGGCUCGUCGUCGCUCGCGUGCCUCGGAGGCAGUGCCAACGAGUCGGCGGCGCAGUUCCAAGUCGCCGACGUCCAUAGCCUCCUCACGCUCAACGCGACGACGCUGAGCGACCUCACGCUCACGCAGCAAGUGAUUGGAAUCAUCAACACGUCCGUGCCCGACAACAUCUUUAGUGCACUCGCUGACGGCGCGCUCCUCUCGAUCAUCAUGUUCGCCUUACCGCUCGGAUAUGCAGUCGCCAAGUCGCACGGUGGCCACAUGCGCUCGAAUGCGCUUUUGAAUGCGCUGCGCCAAACGCGCAACGCGCUCCUGAUUCUUGUCAACGCCGUCUUGUACUUGACGCCAAUCGCGGUCGUCUUUCUCAUUAGCAGCGCGAUCGUCAUGUACGGCAACGCGUCGACGAUCAUGGCCCAAGGCGGGUACCUCCUGCUUGCGUUCAGCACAAGCGUCCUCUUCCACGUGCUCGUGACGAUGCCCGCCGUCGUCUUCUUGUGUACGCGCACCAACCCGUACAACUACAUGCGCCAGCUCUUUCCGGCCUACGUCUUUGCCUUUGGUUGCUCGUCGUCGAUGGCGGCGCUGCCUGUGGCCGUCACGGUCAUCCAUCAGACGCGCCAAGUGUCGCGGUCGCUCGCGCAGCUCAUCAUGUGUCUUGGCACGCCGGUGAACCUCAACGCGGGUGGCCUCUACUACCCCGUCCUCGUCGUCUUUAUGGCCAACGUUGCUGGCAUCAAUGGGCUCCUCGGGCCGCCCCAAAUGACCGUCCUCUUCUUUGUGACGCUGCUCGGGUGCAUGGGUACGGCGCCCGUGCCCAACUCGGGCCUCGCGAUGCUCAUGACGAUCUGGAAAACAGUGCUGCCCCACCAAGCGCUGCCGUCGGCGUUCGUGUACGUCGUCGCCAUCGACUUUCUCCUCGACCGCAUUUGCACCAUGACCAACAUCAACGGCAACAUGAUGGUCACGCGUAUCCUCGCCGCGCACUUUGACGACGGCUUCGAGUCGUGGGGCCACGAUCAGACGGCCACAAUCCAAGAGGAAGCAAGUCGCGCCCACGAUGUCUAGUCGCAUUUUUGGGUUACGAGCUAGGUAGAUCGUUGGUUAGUAGAAUCAAC